AUGCUUCUCUGAUCACUCUCUGUUUCUUUUAGACAGCAAUGUGUGGAAUUUUUUGUUCAGUCGUGGACAAUGUUCACUUAAACUCCUAUAAAAUUUCGAGCGCGCUAAAAAGAAUUCUCAAAAACCGUGGUCCUGAUGUGCAAGAUGAGAUGGUUAUAGAUUAUGGUUUCGGAAAAAUUUUUUUUGCUGGCUGCGUGUUAUGGCAACAAGGUGAAAGCGUGCAAAAACAACCUGUGGUGGAGGACGAUUUUAUAUUUCUUUUUAAUGGAGAUAUAUACAAUACAUCAAAGCCUGAAUCUAUGUCUGACACGACUUGGUUGGCAGAGAGACUUGCUGAAUGCCGAUGUGAAGAACAAAAUAUUUUGAAGAUAUUUAAGCGAUUGGACGGACCACAUUGUUUGGUAAUUUACGACAAACGAGAUCAAAUCCUUUAUUUCAGUCGCGACGCACUGGGAAGAAAUUCAUUAAUUAUUGAACGCAUUCCAAAUGGAUUUCAAUUAUUGAGCACAUCACAUUUUGAAAAUGAAAAAAUAUCACUGGAAUUGCCCCCAUUGGGUCUUUAUCGAAUUAAACUUAAUGAUUUGACUUCAUGUGUAUUGCAUCCAUGGCAGCAUCUAAAUAAUUAUGCUACUCAACUUGUACGCAAUCUUGAUCUUGCGAUUGGGUGGAAAACUACAGUGGAAAGUCCAAUAUUGCCAGAUUGGAUAUUAAAUUGCAAACUCAAAUUUAGUUAUAACUUCUAUCAAUUUCCGUACAUGAAGAAUAAAGAGGACCUUUAUAAAAACUUAAUAGGUCAGUCAGAAAUAAAGGAAACUCUUUCUAUAAUUCAUACACUGCUAUCGGAUUCGAUAAAAAAUCGUGUUAAAAACACUGCUCCACUUUGCAGACUCUGUUUACAACAAUUAAAUAUAUCACUUGCAUGCAAACACGCCAAAUUGUGUAUUUUAUUUUCGGGUGGCAUAGACUGUACUAUUUUGGCCUUGUUGGCCAGCCAAUAUGUACCAGAAAAUGAACCCAUCGAACUUAUUAAUGUAGCUUUCGAAAGCGUUAAGGGCCAAAAUAUAUCGGAGAAGCUAUGGGAUGUACCAGAUCGAAAAACGUCAUUGGUGUCUAUUAAUGAACUAAAACACCUUUGCCCCGAAAGGCGCUGGAAUCUGCUGGAAGUAAAUGUAUCUCGAUUUGAAUUGCAGCAGUAUUUAACAUCGCGUAUAAAGCAUCUUAUAUAUCCGCUAGAUACGGUUUUAGACGAAAGUCUUGGAUGUGCCUUCUGGUUUGCUUCGCAUUGCCUUCAAUCUACUGCGAGAGUAGCCCUUAUCGGAAGUGGGGCAGAUGAACUAUUCGGAGGGUAUAACCGCUAUCGCAACAGUUUCAAGCGUUGCCUGGGCAACGAUCUGGACCACCAACUUGCCGUGCAAAAGGAACUUGAAUUGGACUGGCAACGUAUUUCGUCCCGCAAUUUAGCCAGAGAUGACCGAGUCAUUGCAGAUAAUGGUAAAACAGCAAGAUCCCCGUUCAUCGAAGAGAACUUUGUUAAAUUUAUAAGAUCUUUAGAAGUGUAUCAAAAAUGUUGCUUUGGUUUCCCCGAAGGAGUCGGUGAUAAAUUACUUCUGAGACUGUAUGGCUAUCAAAUCGGUUUGCGAGAUGUUGUAUUUCUAAAGAAACGGGCUAUUCAAUUUGGGUCCCGAAUAGCAAACAAAAAACAAAAUGCUACCCAUCAAUCUGAUUAUCUUUAACUUCAGCUUGUAAAUGCUUCAUUCUCUAUGUCAUGAUAUCAGUUCAAUCAAUAAAAAAUUUAACCGCUGAUCACGUAA